UGUGAGCAUGCCAAUUAGCUCUUGGUUUAUUCAUGUUCCCGUGCGCGGGCAGGGGCUCAGAAGCUAGGCGAUAGCUAGCUAGCAAUUUAUAACAAAAUGUAUAUGUUUUCGUUUGCCGAGAGAAUGCCCUAGGAGCACAGCAGCCAAAGAAAUGUUUGCGUGAAACGAUACCGCUUAUUUGGGCGAUUUGGGAAAUUGCGAGAUAAUCUUUUGCCCAUUUUAAUGACCCACAGAUCUCUUUUUUUUUCGGCCCCUGGAGCCACAGCGCUCGAACAAGAGAGCAUCCGAGCACCGUUUGCGGAUGUGAAGAAGUGACCUGUUAUUUGGGGGAGUAACGUCAGCUAACCUACAGUAGACUGUCAUUUGUCUGGACGCUCCAGAUACCACUUGAAAGCCACAAAUGAAGUGAAAGCAGGGGAUUUUCUUACAUCUCUCCCCACAGGUCUGAUCUCCACACAGCUGUUCUCCUCUGCACUAGCUAAAUCGUCCGUCACAGCCCCUUCACCAAGCACCCUUGCCAGUUUUUCAGUUCCACUUGCUGAAAUGGAUUGGGCCACACCAGCUGCCAAACUGAAUCCCUACACCCGAGCCCGUAUGACGGAGGCCUGGCAGCAGCAUGCAGUUGCUCCACCUCCAGUCGUCCACACCAUCCCACCAGGAGCUGAGAAUGCAUUGGGCUGUGCAGUGUAUGGCAUUGUCCUGCAGCCAGAUGCUACGUCUUUACAGCAGCAGCCACAGACCCAGCAUGGACAGCACAGCCAACACAGCCAACAACACAGCGGGAGUCAGCAGCAUGGAGGCGGGCAGCACAGUCAGCAGCAGCACCCCGCCCAGGCGCAGCAGACCUCCCUACAGGUAGGGACCGAAGGAGGACACAAGUGUGGGGCCUGUGGACAUGAUAUCUCCCACUUGGCCAACCCACAUGAGCACCAAUGCAUGGUGAAUCAGGACAGGUCAUUCCAGUGCACUCAGUGCAUGAAGAUUUUCCACCAGGCGACAGACCUGCUAGAACACCAGUGUGUUCAGGUGGAGCAGAAGCCGUUUGUGUGUGGGGUGUGUAAGAUGGGCUUCUCCCUACUCACCUCUUUAGCCCAGCACCACACAUCCCAUAACAGCACCAACCCACAGAAGUGUUCAAUAUGUGAAAAGACCUACCGACCCGGAUCUUCUGGCAACGUCACACCCAACUCAAAUAAUCCCCAGCAGCCCAGCAGUGACGGGGCGUCAGCAAGCAGCAGUUCGUCCAUUCUGCCCUUUCCCUCAGCCCGAGACCGGCCGUACAAAUGCUCCGUUUGCCAGAAGGGCUUCAAACACCUGUCAGAGCUCACACGGCAUGAGAGGGUGCACACAGGAGAAAAGCCCUUCAAAUGUGACACAUGUGACAAGGCCUUCAGCCAGUCGUCGCACCUACAGCACCACCAGCGAACACACAGCAGUGAACGCCCGUUCAAGUGUGCUGUUUGUGAAAAGAGUUUCAAGCACCGCUCCCACCUCGUGCGCCACAUGUAUGUGCACUCUGGGGAGCACUUGUUCAAAUGCAACUUAUGUGAGCUGCAUUUCAAAGAGUCAUCGGAGCUCCUUCACCACCCCUGCCACCCGCAGGGCUCCCGCCCGUUCCGCUGUGCCACGUGUGGUAAGGGUUUCAAGCGUCCGUCUGACCUUCGGCAACACGAGCGCACACACUCGGAGGAGCGCCCCUUCCACUGUGACGAGUGUCAGAUGAGCUUCAAACAGCAGUACGCACUGGUGCGCCACCGACGCACACACAAAGACCCUACUGACCGGCCGUUCAAAUGCAAUCUGUGUGACAAGGGCUUCAUGCAGCCCUCUCACCUCCUGUACCACCAGCACGUCCACGGCAUGGACAACCUGUUCAAGUGCGCCUCAUGCCAGAAGGAGUUUAGCCAGUCGGGAGAGCUGCUCAGGCACAAGUGUGGCGAGUCGUCCAACACCUCGCCCGACAAGCCGUACAAGUGUGACGUCUGCGGCAAGGGCUACAAGAAGGGCUCGACGUUACAGCGUCAUCAAAAUUCUCACUGCCAAGAGAAGCCCCUUAAGUGCUCGCUGUGUGACCGCCGCUUCCUGUCCUCUUCGGAAUUUGUCCAGCACCGCUGCGACCCUUCGCGGGAAAAGCCGCUGAAGUGCCCUGACUGUGAGAAACGUUUCAAAUACUCAUCAGACCUGAACCGACACCGGCGCGUGCACACAGGGGAGAAGCCGUACAAAUGCGGCCACUGCAACAAGGGCUUCAAACAGCGCGAGCACCUGACCAAACACGCGAGCACACACUCCAGAGAGGGCCAGUUCAAGUGUGUUUGGUGCGGCGAGCGUUUCAGUGACUUGGGCUCUUUGCAGGAUCACACUGUGCAGCACACAGCCGAUGGAGGGGGUUACCCAGUGCCCCAGUGCAUAUAAAUCCUUGAAGACAUUUUCCCUUGAACAGACAGUCCCCUAAACUCCUGUCCCCUCGUCCAUCCCUUGUAGGCUAUUAAUUCAGCCUAACCAUCUCCACAUUUGCAGGACAGUCCAGGCUAUUAUUAUUGCAUUCAUUACUACCAGUGAUACAUCAAGUUUUUGUUGCUUUACUAACCUGCCAAAGCCCUUUAGUACUGUAGCCCUGUCAUUCCAUAAGCUCCUGAGCGUUUCUCUCUCCCUGCACUUUCCUCUUUGUUCCACCUCUUUUUCUUCUUAUACCUGACCUGUCCUCUACCCUUUUUCUCAGCCCCACAAUUAGACAGUUGAUAGCAGUGAAGAGGCCACAACCACUUAAACUGCCAUACGUCAUACUUAGGCUGCAUUCACACCAGAUCAGGCGUUGUGCAGUGGUUUGGAAGUGGCCCAUUUGUUUCUCCAUUGUGUUCCCAUGGUGCUAGCAUUUAGUCAUG